CUGGAAACUCGAGCCGGGGAUUUGGUUCUUAAUUAUACGGCGUAGCUUCGUCGAAUAAUAGCCGUCAUAUCGCUUCCGUGAGGUAUAAAGGCAAGAACCUGAAGAAGCAAAGCGGAUGAUUACCGAGAUGCGAUUGUGGAUCAAAUCAGUUGCCAGUAUCGCCACAAGCUUCCAGUUGGACGCUGCUGCAAGAUAGAAGCUGGACGCGACGUAGCCUCUGAUGACUAUUUCUAAUGAAUUACAAACAAUAGGAAGGAAAUCCUGGAAAAUCUUAAGGAUAUUCACCACAUAGUCGUUAAACAAAUGUGAUAAGGUUUGGAAGGUUGUGUAUGUGGUCUAUUACCAGGGACUUGUGUGGCCUAUGUGGCCUAUGGUAGAGACAACAUCAACUACGCUGUGAUAGACGAAAUUCACACCCCUUCUGCUAAUUAUAUGAUUGUGUAAUAAAAAGACAAAACGUGCGCAUCGAUAGGUGUAUGGUAGACAGGGCGUAACACUCUAUAACCACCGUAAAAGAUAGAUUGGUCUGACACCCCAACGUGUUAGAGAAGAUAUUACUGCGGCAGAUACUAUACACGAUAGAUGGAGCUGACACCCCUGUAGCAGUGCGUUAGACAAUACAUCACCGAUAGAUACUGAAAACGACAGACUAGCAUCCCUAAGCGUGCAUCAUUAUUGUCGAUGACAAAGAAAUAUUCACCCUCAUUCUCCAAUCAUUAGACAUUUCAUAUGUUUUAUGAGGGAUAACACCCCGGAGACUACAUAAUCAGGAAUACAGGAAACUUAGUUAAUAGAACAUGAUUUGUAGCUGCAACCUUAUUACCUGUUCUUUUAAGACUCGGACUAACACUGAAACAUUACCCCGUAUGUUAUCCUAAUAAUUACGUUCGUUACAUUGAAAGUGAUCUUGGUGAUCCGGGAUAUAAGAGAAACUGUAUCAUAUGACUUUUGUUAUGAACUGAAACUGACACAGUAAUCGGAUUGUUAACGAAUUAAUAAACAUGGAUGAUAACAAUGGAACUUUCUUUAAUGACACUGCUCGUGCGGCGAGCGGUGGCGACAAUGGGACCGUUCUCCAUAACGCAACGGUCGAUUUGAUAAACGAUCCGGGGAACUUAAGGCGACUCAUCAUAACAGCAUUGCUCUGUUUUGUGUCGGUUGUGGUAAACGUCAUCUCUAUGGUUGCUGUGUGCCACAUUCCUGGACGACUCAGUGGCAGCCAUUACCUUCUGAUCAACCUGGCGGUCACAGAUACAUUAGGUGGAAUAGUGUCACUCUUUGAAAUCAUUGGUCUUAUUUUAUCACUUAAGCAUACCUUCUUUUAUUUGGAAAUAUACGUUCAUGUCAUGGCGAUAGGAUAUUCCCUGUUCGUGCUUUUCUAUCUUGAAUCCGCUUUCACUCUUCUUGUUUUUGCGAUCCAACGAUAUAUCGCUCUCUGUCGACCGGUACAGUUUGUGCGCAUGUGCAGCAAAGAGAGGACUCUACUAGCAAUGGUGAUCACGUGGAUCGUGUCGUUUCUAGUCGCAAUUUUUGGAUUGCUUAGUCUUUCGUUCGUUCAUCUUGGAUAUUAUAUUUCCAACCCAGAUAUAUGGCAGUACAUAUGGCCAGUGAUUCUCGUCAUAACCUUCGCUGUAAUAGUUGGAUUGUAUUUCUGCGUCCUCCGAGGGUUGCACGAGCGUUCCAGUCGUAUUCGCUCCGAACAAGGCGUUGAGCAAAACUACCAAGCGUUGGUAACAACCGUCAUCCUUAUAACAAUUUUAGUUUUCACUCUUAUACCUUAUAUGAUUAUAAAACUGAUCCGUUACAACCACGGCAUGGGCGGAAUGGCUACCAUCAAUAUCCUUCAUUGGGACUUUGGGAUAUACCUACCCUACACGAACUUCAUCAGCGAUCCCAUUAUCUAUGCCCUUCGCAUGAAAGACGUAAGAGAGGGCUACAUGUGUGCGUUCGCAGGAGCCUGCCAUAAGAGCAGCUUGAACCUCCGUGGCCGAGAGAGUAUUUCCCUUCAGACUCAGAUUACUGAGUCGGAUCAAGUUCAUACUCAAAAGGAAUCGCUGAAUAAUUCCAAACAUCUUUAAUGCUGCCAAAGUGGCUUGUGGUUUGUUGAAGACUUUGGGGCAUAGCCAGGACUAAUUGGUGAGAAAUAUUUAUAUAGCUAGGUGAGGCAAAAAGAGCAAAAUACGUUAUACGUUUCACAACCAUUACAAUUUAUAAAAAACUGCUUAUGACUGCGUAUGAGAUAUAUUCUCUUUAAGAAGCGGAUUCAGUUCUUUCGUCUCAUCUUUGGGAGCAGGAUCCGGAAAAGCGGAAUUAUAACGUCAAUACAAGUGCGAUAAUAACGAGAGUUAUUACGGGAUCACAGAAUAUUAACGAAAGUCACUAAACCAUAAUUCUGCUAUGAACUAGUGUCGGACAUUUUGACAUUGACACUAGCUUUGCUUUCCAACAAAUUGAAUAUAAAUCUGAUGAGUCUGAAGUUUAAAUACUGCGCAGCAUUAAUGUAAUUAGAUACUGUCUGCGUUGAGUAAUAUU